AUGGCGACUGGGGUUAUAGAUGGUCUGAACUCGCCGGAGGCACUCCCGGUCACGGCUGAUCAGAUCACGGCAAGCUGGUGUUCAAAGAUAUUUAACCGCAAUAUAAAAAAUGUCUCCAUCGUCAGGGAAAUGCACGGAACGGCAAGCAAGAUCAUCGUAGAGCUGGUUGACGACUCGCCCAACAAUCCCCUGCCCAAACGGCUGUGCUUCAAAGGAGGCUUCAACCCUCAGCUGGUGGCCAUCCACCCGGCCAUCAACGCCACCUACCGCCGUGAAGCUGAGUUCUACUACCACAUCGCUCCCACGGUGAAAAUGCGCCUUCCCAAGGCAUGGUACUGCGGGUCCGACACUGUAACGGGCCAAGGCAUCGUCGCCAUGGAGGAUCUCGAAGGCAGUGGCUGCACCUUUCCCAACGCCCUCGAAACCUUGCCCCCGGCUCAAGUCUACGCGGGCGUCGAGCAGCUUGCCGCGCUGCACGCCAAGACCUGGGGUGCGUCCCCCAAGGCCUUCCCCUGGGUGGCGAACGGAAAGUCAUUGGAGGAGAACCCCCUGCUGGGCAUGGUCCUUGCUCUGCUCAGCCCCGUAGCGUGGUCCGUCCGGUUCGCCGAGGGAGAGGCGCCGCCCGUUCCCAAGGAGAUGGCGGAUCGCCUGCGCAUCAUGGCGGCGUUCAAGACGCUCUGGCGGAGUGCGGAUACGAGUUUUAUGGUUGUGGCGCAUGGGGAUGCGCAUAUUGGGAAUACGUUCUUGACGGCGGAGGGAAAAACCGGGUUUAUCGACUGGCAGGGGUGUCAUGUCAACUCGGCGUUCCACGACGUGGCGUAUUUUGUUACGGGAACGCUGUCUGCCGAGGAUAGGCGGGAGCAUGAAGGGAGCAUUGUGGACCAUUACUUGAAGACGCUGGCUGAGUUGGGUGGACCGAAACUGGAGAGGGCUGAUGUUUGGGAUGAGUAUCGGAAGAAUUGCUUUCAUGGAUUUGCGUGGGCCCUCACAGCGCCACAGAUGCAGCCCAAGGAUAUCAUAUUUACUAUGACAGCACGUCACUGUGCGGCUAUUAUGGACCAUAAAACUCUGGAGCUGCUGGAGGGGCUGCCCGAGUAUAAAAAGGAAGAAUAA